AUGGCCGACCAGACAAAAGGAAACUCCGACUUUAUCGUUUUCAACCACCACAAUGUAACCGAAAAAUUAAUCCCGGCGCUAGAGUCCCAUCUCCCAAGUUCCCUGCCGCUUCUACGACGCAUUCAAUAUGACACCGCCCAUCCACAACAGACGGCAUAUUACGCGGCCAGUGCCAACAUAAUAACACAAUCCUCAAACGACCCCAAAAAUGAAGAACCCUGGAUAGCAGCUUAUAUCAAUCUAUUCUUCGGUCAAGAAACUCAAAUAUGGGUUUAUUCCAGUCUGGAGGCUGAAGUUUCGCCGGUUGAACAUACCAUCGACGGCGAUGAUGGGGAGGAGAUUAGUGAUUUCUCGAACAUCAGUCCUGAAAGACAGGAUAUUGCGAGGGAACAGAUAUGGAAUCUGCUAAAAUUCAUUCGUCGAGAGUUGAUGCCUGAAUACAUAUCUCAUCUGUCGACCGGCGAGAAGCAACAGCCUUCAACUGCAGUUUUGGAGCAGGGGCUUCAGAAAACAAAAGUCAUCCGACAACACUACCCCCCGGCCAUCCUCCUCGGCUCUGUACAUACAGGCCUUCUAAAACUACUCACCACCAAUGAUUCCUACGUUGACGCCCAGUUCAGACCCGGAUUGAAUGUUUACCGAUACGACAAAUUACCAUAUGUGAAAUACAUCUUCGCGCCGGCAAUAUUUCAAACAGAAAACGAAGAGAAUAGUAACCCUCUUCCGGAGGGGUAUUACUACGGCUCUGAAGGCCUAAGGGCUGAACACGUCGACCUCGUCAAGUCGCGAACACAUAUUCCGCGUGAGAGGGAGACGUUACUCGCUAUGCCUAGCGUAGUCGUCUACCACCAUACCGGUAACACUACCAGCCAGGAUCCUGUUGCAUGGGGCUUUCUAGCCCUCGACGGCUCUCUUGCGACAUUACAUGUUGAGCCGGAGCAUCGCGGAAAGGGGAUUGCGGCGACGUUGUCUAGGGAGGUUAUGAGGAGGGGUAUGGGGGGUGGUGUUUAUGGAUCAUCAUCGAAGAAAGAAUUAGGGUAUGCACAUGCGGAUGUUGCAAGGGAUAAUGUGGCGAGUAGACGCGUUAUGGAGAAAGUUGGGCGUGGGAAGGGGUGGAGAUGGAGUGUUACAUGGAGUGUUGUUGAGGUUGUGGACUGA